UCGCACGUUGGGAGAACAGCUGACGCAACUGACGUUGCAAGAUUUUCCUUGAUGCGAUUUUUUUUGUAAUUUUUCUUGUGAUGCGUUGAAAUUUUGUUGAAAAAAAAGUAAAAGGACAUCCGUGUGAAGAUGUAUCUAAUGAAGACACCAACGCUGCGGAUUGAGAAGAGUGACCUGGAGUGCAGGAAUGGAUGUGGAUUCUAUGGAAAUGCCCAAUGGGAUGGAUUGUGUUCAAAAUGCUACCGCGACAGGAAUGCCAAAGGACCCAGCAAAGUUCGUCACACUUUUCCGGCUGUCCGGAGGGAUGGAGACUCAUCCAGGCAUGCCCAUUUGUCGCGUCAGCCAGCUGCGCAUACAUCCCAUGUGCAUGACAAGCUGAAGAAACGAAAUAUCCUGGAGGUGUUCAAGAAGUCCCCAAAUAGCAAGGACACAGCGGAAAAGCAGAGGCAGUACGUGAAGGUUCUGGACAAAGCAGAGCUGGAAUAUGCGGAAGCACUGAAGCAACUCAAAUUGGCCGACGAGACAAAGAAGGAACUCAAAUACUUGAUUCAAAUGUUCGAUCAGUUGAUCCACAAGAAGUACACGAGCUACAAUGUGGACAAGAUCAGCGAUAGUGUCCAGAACAGCUACAUCAAGAUGUCAGACUACAUGCUUGCCGAAGGAUCUGCCUUUGAGACAACAACACCCGAACAAAGGGAAGAGAUUCUCGAUUUCUUCGAGAAGUGCGUCAUGACGAGGAAUCACAAAAUCCUCUUCUCGCCUCCCUUUACGAAUGACGAAGAGAAAGAUUCCGCCAUUCAGUCACGCAUCCGGCAACUGAGCUGGAUCAACACAAAGCACCUCCUCUGUGGCAUUGAUGAGGUGAAUGCCGAAGUGCGGGAUUUGGUCUACAAUGCCAUCACAGAACUCGUAGCAAUGGACUCCUUCCAGUCGCCGCAGGAGAAGCUGGAAUGCAUUGUACGGUGCUGCCGGAACAUCUUCAAUCUCCUCAAGCACACCGGCACCGGAGGACCCGCCAGUGCGGAUGAAUUCCUCCCAGCGCUUAUCUUUGUGGUGCUAAAGGCAAAUCCAGCACGUCUGCACAGCAACAUAAACUACAUCACACGCUUCAGCAAUGCAAGUCGCCUCAUGAGCGGCGAGGGUGGGUACUACUUCACAAAUCUCUGCUGUGCCAUCUCAUUCAUUGAGAAUCUCACGGCGGAGUCACUGUCAAUGCCCGAAGAGGAAUUCCAGGAGCUCAUGUCCGGCGAGAAGAUGUGCAAUUCAGCGUGGGAGAGUGCCCUGCUUGCGUGUGAGAGUCUCAAUCUCAUCUCGGACAAUAUGAAGAUCAUGGCGGACCUCCGGAAGAGGAAUGCAGACCUUCAGGAUGGCAUUGAGGCCAUGAAUCGGGACAUGGAUGAAUUUAAGGCUGAGAUUUCCCGGAAGGUGUCUGAGGUGAUCAGUAGGACUCCAUUGGUGCUCAAACCCAUUCAUACGCGACAGAAUCUCGCGCAGAAUCGCAAAAACAUCCCAAAUCCUGUGGAUCAUGCUUCGGGUGGGCACUUUCAGGCAAAUCUCAUGUCAGCCUUGAAGUUGGAUGACACAAAGGCGCCCAAAUUGAAGGUCGAAUCCGUCUCCGGGAUGCCCUUGACGAGUGUCGAUGAGAUGCUGGAUAAGGUGGAACAGCCAGAGCUGGAGACUCUCGCGAGAAACCUCACAGACACCCUGGAGACGACAGCUAAGGAGGAUGGAAUGUUGGGAACAAUAAGUGCCAGCAAUUCAACGGAUCUCCUCUCAGCGUCUCCCAUCUUUGGCUACAGUUCCUUCGAUGUGAACAGCUUGGAUGGUCUGGCUACUCCGGAGGACUUCAUUCCAAUUGACUUCCGUCAUGGCCUGACAAAUAUAAACUAUGAUUUUGAUUUCUCAGACAAUAGUGCUGAAAAUAGUGUGGCAGAGGAUCCAGCGGGGGAAGUUCGAGCAUCCUUGCCGGUCUCCCGAUCGGAUCUUGAGGAGUUUGAUCCACUCCUGGCGCGGGAGGCAGAAGAGCCUCCUCCGCCAAAGGACCUCAAACUCCCCGAUGCCAGAGAGGCUGAAUCCAUGCAGAGGAGCAUAAUUGAUGCUGGAGAUUCACCCAAUGAGGUCCUCCUGCCGUCGCCAUUGAAGCCCACAGCUCCCGACUACAAAGGGUUCACGAAACAAGGUCAGAACAUCCCAACUAUCUCCUGCAACACUGGCGGUGCGCACUCAUCAAAGUGAAUUCCUCAAAUGUCAAUCAUUCUAGUCCCUGUUUCAUGUCCAGGUAGUGACUUGCACUGCUGUUGCUCUUUUUGUUGUGUCCUCUCCGUGUCUUUGCAAAUAAAUCUAAUGUUUUAUUGAUUUUAAAA